ACGCUGGCCCGUUGCGAGCCCGCUGUUGUAACUGAACUGCUCUCGCUCCCUGCGAGUUGCACGUCCACGUUAUACAAGUUGCUGCACGGUGACGACCGCGUGUUACGACCACGGUUACGAAUGCGUUCGCGCGCAGGAAGCGUCGCAAGGUGCGUCGCGUUUCUCGUGGUCCCUGACACGUGCAUGAUCAGUGCUCUGUUCUGUUCAGUGACCACCGUGGAGCGGUGAAAGGCGCGAAAAGUGCAGCGAGUGAUCACUGACGGCUAUCGCCGCGGCUUUGAGGCUGCUCGAACGCGACUCUCGGUACCGCGCUCGAGGUGAGACCGCGUCUCUCAGGGGAACUUCCGCGUUGCGACGGCACAUCCGGCGGAGUUUGCUCACAUGGUCUGUGUUUUGUUUCCGUAACCACCUUGCCGCACCUACGUGGCUCCCUCUCAACUGUUUCCGCUUACGGCGACGAGCUGCCAUCGCGUCGGAAGCGCGCGUUUCAACGACCUCGUGCUGCGAGAGGCCAGCGUGCUCGUUUAUCGUCGCGACGGAAAGACGCGGCCAGACCGGUUUCCGUUGACGCACGGAAUGCUCGGUCGACGACGCUGCUGGUGCUUUCAGUGAGAUGUGCAUUGCUGCAACUGUAAGAUCAUCAACGCGAUCCCCGAACCAUUGAUCGGCUACGUGGCGUGAUCAGCAGUGGCGGCGACGCGUUAACGUUUGGUAUCUCGCGCGCGACCCGCCUUAUUGGGUGUGAAAAUGUGUGAUUGACAUUAUCCUGAAUGGGCAGACCGUUGUGAUAUCGGCGCUUGCUUCGGAUCGCGUCCUUCGUCACUCUUGCUUUCCUUGUCUCUUUUUCUGCCUCUCCACCCCUCUCUCUCUCUCUCUCUCUCUCUCUCUCUCUCUUUCUCUCUCUCGCUGUUUCCUCUCGUUCGUCUUCUCACUCGGUGCUUUGGCGGCGGAGCGGAAUAUCUGUGGACGAAAGUGCAACGUCAUUGAAGGCGUUAAGCUGACGUCGCAACCGACAACGUCCGCCGCUACGUCUAGACGCGUAAAGUACAUUUAACGGUCCCGUGACUGCUUACGACGCGUUCUAUCCCGUACAAGGAGAAGAGCACGAAGGAGCAAAGACGCACGAUAGAUUCUAGGAUUUUUAACGUGUAUCACAGUUUCACCGCGAGACCGUUCGAGAGCCUAGACGAACGACCGAGCGGAAGAUGGAUACAUUCCUGAUUCUCGGUAUCUUCUUCCUGUGCUAUGAGAUGUGCGAGCUAAUCAGGCGCUAUUCCGCUCCGCAGGUGAUAGAGACGCAUCGCGCGCCGGACAAGUCCACGGCGUCGCCUUCGCAGAAAGUGUACUCGAUCUCGCGCAAGAUUCAAGGCCCUCCCGCCUGUUGCCCGCAAUAGAUCGCGUGUAUGAUCUCGCGAGUGUCUUUGCACUUGGAAUCCAUGUAAUAUAUGUUGUUAUUUCACGCCGGCGGGACGAGCCGUUUUGUAUGAGCCACGGCGAACGAGCCAGAUCUUCAGCGAAUCUCAAAUGGACACAGAACUCGACGCUAGCCAAGCGGGCGCAAAUGGAUGGCUAUACGAUAUGGAUUUACAGUUGUCUACAGUGAUAACAGACAGCCGUCUCGGAGAUUCAUGAUGUUUACGGAGGUCCGAGGCGCAACGGCAGGAUCGAUAAUGAUUUACCAGCCGUGUUGCUUUGCUCCAGCCCAGGAUAUAGACCGACCAAUCGACUUGAUCCGAGAUUAUGAAUUCGCGUACGCGGCGCAACCGGAAACAACGGCUCGCCCAAUAUAGAGACGUUAUUUUAUUUACAAGCGCGUCCCUCCGAAACGACGCGAAGCGAGAUGAAUUAAUAAGGAGACGAGGAUGAAUCGUCAAUUCCUCUGGCAAUCUCGCUCGUGGACACUCGAGUGACAGGUCUCGUGAACUCUCAAGUCCAAGUCAUCCAAGUCGAAACACAGUCGUAAUCGCUCGAUCUGUCUCUACCAGCAUGCAAUUAUUGGCAAUGUACGACUGCUCGAUUUGUCUGCCGGCGAGUUUACGAAAUUAGUGGGCGCGUCAUUGCACGUAGCGCAACAUGGAAAGUCUAGGAAACGUGUGUCGUCGUCGUGACGCUUUUGAGUCCCGCUAAGUGAUAUUGAUUGAGACAUCGUGGUUGGUAGCUUGCUACCAGCGAGGGGAGAGCAAACUCGCCUGACGAACUCUUCGCUACGCGCCGAUGAAUGCAAACUCGAGUGGCGAACAUCGAUGCGGUCGCAGGAAGUCGCGACGUAUAAACAAGAAGUAAAGUUUCUUUUGUGCACGUCAGCUAAACCGGCAUUAUCGCGAGAUAGUACUACGUCGUUUCCCGAGCCAUAUAACACAAAUCUCCCCCUCUCUCUCUCUCUCUCACUCUCUCAUUCUAUCUCUCUCUUUCUCUCCCUUCUUCUCUCUUUCUUUCUUUGUCUCUCUUUUUCUCUCUGUCUCUCUUUCUUUCUCACACACACAUUCUGUCACAUUCUCUCACUCUCUUUCCCGUGUGAGCGCAUUCGCGUCUACAAUCCACAGGGAGAAGGGGAGUGGAGCAGCGUCGUUUAACGUGAUUGUGUGUAUGUUCACUGCCCGUAAUUCAAUCUUGACGUCCAUGGCUGCCGAAAAGUUUCCAUAGAUAGACUUGCAAUUCCUCGCGGUCGAUAUCGCGAGAGACUACACCGUCGUCGUCGUCGUCGUCGCCUUGACGCGAGUACCUGUGUCUCAUAGUGAUCCGGAGAGAAUAUCUAAAAGUGUUAAUAAAGGAAGUGAGAAACUGGGACAGCUUUGUGUUUUGCAGUUGCUAGCGAAGGUUCGGCUGACCUUUAACGACAGCGACGUUAUUAAUAAAUACGAUAUUCUUCUAAUAUCACACACUUUGUGUCAUCGGCGGGAUGUUCUCUUGCUGCUGAAUUGGCACUUGCAUUUCUCCUAGCCGUGUGUUCAGCUCAAAAAUCGAGAAUGACGAGAAUAUCGUAAAUUAAAUCGUCGCGACGUGUCCUCCGCCAUCGUAUAUAAUGCGAUUCUCGCUGCGUACAUCAAGCCGCUCUUCGACUAACACUGCGAGGACGUUCUCUGAUCGACCACGGUAGGAAUCUCGCGCGUUGAAAAAUCCUGCGCGAGCUGUCAAUGGCCGACAAUCCCUUCGUCAGUCCGACAUAGGAGCAGAACUGUGAUUAAUGUUCGACCUUAGCUCGCCCCUUGAAAGUUCGGCAUUGGAACGUCGCAACCCUGUUUUCACCAGCCCUUCUCACUCGAUACCCCGAGAAAAAUCGAAACGGAAAGUUGCCGAAGAUCAGGAGAAGACAUGGACUCGCUGGAGCGUCUAAUGAGCGUCGGUUCUCAUCAUCCGACUCUCGCGGCAGCCACGCGGUCGCAGAACGCCUUUGUACAGGCCAACCUCUGCUCUGUGAUAGGCCGCAAAGGCCGGCAUCUCACCGGCACCUUUUGUUUAACCGGGGACACGAUGGAAGGCAUCAUACAAUGCCUAGUCUUCCUCAAAGCAUUCUCGCUCGUGGGCGGCGAAUUCGACAUGGAACUAAACUUCGUGAUACAAGACGCGCAGAACAUCAGGCACAUGCUGGAGCUUCUCGAUCAUUGCCCACCCAAUCUCCAGGCCGAGAUAUGGAGUGUCUUUAUCGCAAUUCUGAGAAAGAGCGUCAGAAACUUACAAGCGUGUACGGAUGUUAGUCUCAUAGAGCACGUUCUACACCGAUUAUCUCGUGCGGAAACUGUUGUCGCCGAUUUAUUAAUCGAUAUGCUGGGAGUGCUGGCAAGCUACAGUAUAACGGUGAAAGAAUUGAAACUUUUAUUUGGCGCUAUGAAAGCUGUCAAGGGAAAAUGGCCGCGGCAUUCGGCGAAACUGUUAAACGUCCUUCGCCAAAUGCCACAACGAAACGGGCCCGAUGUAUUUUUCAGUUUCCCUGGUAGGAAAGGUUCGGCGAUUGUCUUGCCGCCGCUGGCAAAGUGGCCACACGAGAAUGGAUUUACUUUCACCACAUGGUUCCGCCUAGACCCCAUCAACUCUGUUAAUAUCGAACGCGAAAAACCGUACCUCUACUGCUUUAAAACAAGCAAAGGAGUAGGAUACUCUGCGCAUUUCGUAGGGAACUGCUUAGUCCUGACUUCUAUGAAAGUAAAGGGCAAGGGCUUCCAACAUUGUGUCAAAUACGAAUUUCAGCCACGAAAGUGGUAUAUGAUUGCGGUAGUGUACAUAUACAAUAGGUGGACAAAAAGUGAAAUUAAGUGUCUGGUCAACGGUCAAUUAGCGUCGAGCACGGAAAUGGCAUGGUUCGUCUCGACGAAUGACCCCUUCGACAAAUGCUACAUCGGAGCGACUCCUGAACUGGACGAGGAGCGCGUGUUUUGCGGACAGAUGAGUGCGAUAUAUUUGUUCAGCGAAGCGCUGACGACGCAUCAGAUAUGCGCGAUGCACAGACUGGGACCGGGAUAUAAGAGCCAGUUUCGUUUCGACAACGAGUGCUACUUGAAUCUACCCGACAAUCAUAAAAGGGUGAGUGACCAGGAUCUCACGAGCAUGGUGGACCAAAGUAUGCAAACUGUACUUUACGAUGGGAAGCUGUCGAAUGCAAUUGUGUUCAUGUACAAUCCGGUAGCGACGGACUCGCAGCUUUGUUUGCAGAGUGCACCGAAAGGCAACGUCUCCUAUUUUGUACAUACACCGCACGCUCUCAUGCUACAGGAUGUCAAGGCAGUCAUAACGCACUCGAUUCACAGUACAUUAAACUCGAUAGGCGGCAUACAAGUGCUGUUUCCGUUGUUCUCGCAGUUGGACAUGCCUUACGACUGCAUAGCACCGAACGACGUUAAGCGUGAUCCCACGUUAUGUUCAAAACUGCUCGGAUUCAUUUGUGACCUGGUGGAAAGUUCUCAGACGGUUCAACAACACAUGGUACAAAAUAGAGGAUUUCUGGUAAUCAGUUUCAUGCUGCAGAAAGCGAGUAGAGAUCACCUCACUACAGAGGUUCUCGCAUCCUUCUUGGAGCUCACCAAACAUUUGGUUACUUGCCUCAGCGCAAACAGCGAUCUAUUACUGAAACAGUUCUUUUAUUUUUCAUUCCUAACAUGGCAGCUACUGGAUCACGUCCUUUUUAAUCCCGCUUUAUGGAUAUAUACGCCAGCACCGGUACAAACACGACUCUAUUCGUAUCUGGCUACAGAGUUUCUUAGCGACACGCAGAUAUAUUCCAACGUAAGACGUGUGUCGACAGUUUUACAAACGGUGCACACUCUUAAGUAUUACUAUUGGGUAGCUAAUCCUCGAUCCAAAAGCGGAAUAACACCAAAGGGACUUGAUGGACCUCGCCCGCAACAAAAAGACAUUCUUACGAUUCGUUCGUACAUUUUAUUAUUUUUAAAACAAUUAAUAAUGAUCGGAAACGGAGUAAAGGAUGACGAAUUGCAGAGCAUCCUCAAUUAUCUAACAACAAUGCACGAGGACGAAAAUCUUCAUGAUGUCUUACAAAUGCUCAUAUCUUUGAUGUCGGAACAUCCUUCAUCAAUGGUGCCCGCAUUUGAUGCGAAGCAAGGCGUACGAACGAUUUUCAAACUCCUGGCGGCCGAGAGCCAACUAAUACGCUUGCAAGCGUUAAAAUUGCUAGGAUUCUUCCUCAGUCGCAGUACACACAAAAGGAAAUACGAUGUUAUGAGCCCACAUAAUCUGUACACUUUGUUAGCCGAAAGACUCUUGUUGAACGAGGAAACGCUCUCAUUGCCGACGUAUAAUGUUUUAUACGAGAUUAUGACGGAACACAUCAGUCAACAGAUAUUGUACGCCAGACACCCCGAGCCUGAAUCCCACUAUCGUCUGGAGAAUCCAAUGAUUCUGAAAGUAGUAGCAACACUAAUUCGACAGUCCAAGCAAACGGAGCAAUUGCUGGAAGUGAAGAAGCUGUUUCUCUCGGACAUGACGCUGCUGUGCAACAACAAUCGGGAGAAUCGACGGACGGUUCUGCAGAUGUCUGUGUGGCAAGAGUGGCUUAUUGCCAUGGCUUACAUCCAUCCGAAAAAUACGGAGGAGCAGAAGAUAUCCGAUAUGGUGUAUUCCUUGUUUCGCAUGCUCCUUCAUCACGCUAUCAAGCAUGAAUAUGGCGGCUGGCGCGUGUGGGUUGACACGUUGGCUAUCGUGCACUCCAAAGUAUCCUACGAGGAGUUCAAACUUCAAUUUGCUCAAAUGUACGAGCAUUACGAGCGACAGAGGUCCGACAACAUCACGGACCCCGAACUUAGACAACAGCGACCAAUCAGCACGAUUUCCGGCUGGGAUCAACAACACUCCGGCAAUAACGGCUACAACAGACCGUCGACGUGGGGCAAUCAACAAAGUCACGAAAUACAACAUAUGGAUAGAAAUUACAAGGAGUUCGACGUGUCUGAGACGAACGACCGAUUAGAGGAGUCCUGUAGCUGCGACCUCAACUCAAUAGAUAACACCGAGAGCGACGGUAGUCCGGCCAUUGUGAAGUCACACAGCGAGACUCUGGAUACCCUCCAGUCGUGCGAAGUGGUGUCGUUAGACUCCAGAUUGAGCGACAAACCAGAAACACCGACUACCGCGCGCGAGACUCACACGGAAACGCCGACCAUUCUCGAGGAAGCGAAUAGCGAAGCUGUCUCGUUGCCAACUACGCAGGAAACCAGCGAGGUGAUAUCGAUUGAGAGCUCCAGCGACUUUUACAGCGAAGUACACAAAAUCGAGAGUUCCAGUCCCGAUUCAAUGAUAGUCCAGGACACACCGAAGAAAGAGGAACACACAACUCACGAGAAGCAGCCUCCAGCCGUUACCGAGCCCUCUUCGACCGAACAGAUUAAAGAGAGCGCAAACGCGACAGCUGUCGAGACUGAAAAUACGAAGAAAAUUACAGAAGACACUGACAUGGCCGAUGCAGUUACCACGACCACCGACAAAACUGAAAAUCCCCCGGACGCGGACACGGAAGCGAAAACGACGAAGGAGGAUAAACUUGAAGAUAAAUCGACGAAGGAGGAUAAAUCUGUCGAGGAAAAUACCGUCGCGACCGACGACAGUAACACCCCGACCACCACGGAAGAAUCGAUCGAGACCGCGACGACGAUCGUGAACGCGACCGAGUCUGCUGUUACGAAGAACGACGUCGACACCGAAGAAGACACUGUGCCAAUUGUCCUUUCUGACGAGACGCGAGAAGCGCUGACGGUCAAGGUGAUCGAGAAGCUCCAGCUAGAAAACGACCGCGAGAUAGUCGACAGCGACACGUCAGAAGCGUACUUAACGCCAACCGAGAAUCACGAGAGUUCAAGCGAGAUGAGAAGCAGAACGUCCGAAGGCGAAAAGGUUGAAGACGACACCGUCGAGAGGAAGGACACUCCCGAGGACAGGGAUACCGUGUCAGAGACCGGCGAGAACGAUACAGAGGAAACUGUAAAAAGUCCUAAUUGCUCAACUAGCAUAGUAGAAGAAAGCGGCGAGGCUCAUGCGGACGCGGUAGAUCUAGAGAACGAAGUGAAGGCGGAACCAAUAGUAGUGAAUAGUGAGUUAAGUAGUGACGAAUGCGCCGUGGAUACUUUAACGGAGAACAAAAGUGCUGUUAUUAUUGAUAACGAUGACGCGCAGGUAAAUGAGAAACACUCAAGGGAGCCGUCCACUAUUUCUACUAGCGUAAGUGAUAAUAAGCCAGAUGUUCCGGCGAUGACCGGCGAGGUAGAAGUAACAGAUAGUGUUUGUAGUAAUAGCGAUGUUCAAAGUUCUGUAGAUAACGUGACGCAAGUGCCAAAUCCUAAACAGCAAAUCCCAACAAUAUCUACGGUCUGUGAUGCAACUAAAAGUUUAUCCGACGGUGUGCCUCAAAUCGUUAGUUCUAAUGUGGUUGCCAGAGACAAUGCGUUAUUGAAUGACUUAACUCCAGAUCACGUAAACACUCACCGCAGAUCCAGCCUGCCAAUUGUAUCCACAGACACGGCCGUGGAUGAUAACGGUCACGAGCCACCUUCCUUGCCUGUGCCCUUACGAAAGACAUCGUCACCACAGAAACGACCAAGGAGUGCCUCAACGUCCACGCAGGUGGAUUCGAAUCAUUUCGAAGCUAAGAGAUCAAAACAAGGAAAUCCCUCCACACGACCAAUGUUCAGCCCGGGUCCAACGCGACCUCCCUUCAGAAUACCGGAAUUCAAAUGGUCUUACAUACAUCAACGAUUGCUAUCGGAUGUUCUGUUUUCCUUGGAAACAGACAUCCAAGUGUGGAGAAGCCACUCAACUAAGUCGGUAUUGGAUUUUGUCAACAGCAGCGAAAAUGCCAUUUUCGUGGUGAACACUGUCCAUCUAAUUUCGCAGUUAGCCGACAAUCUCAUAAUAGCCUGCGGUGGUCUGUUGCCCUUAUUAGCGUCGGCUACUUCGCCAAAUAGCGAACUGGACGUAAUCGAGCCAACUCAAGGGAUGCCAAUCGAGGUGGCAGUUUCAUUUCUGCAAAGAUUAGUCAACAUGGCUGAUGUGCUUAUAUUCGCCAGCUCGUUAAACUUUGGAGAACUGGAGGCUGAGAAAAAUAUGUCGAGUGGCGGCAUAUUACGGCAAUGUUUACGCUUGGUCUGUACAUGUGCCGUUAGAAACUGCUUAGAGUGUAAAGAACGUGGCAGGUCGUACAGCAUGUUAGGUCGGCAGAUUGGCUCUAGUAAUAAAUCGCAACACAUACAGUCGCUCAUACGUGGAGCUCAAACAUCACCUAAGAACAUCGUGGAUAAUCUUACGCAUCAGUUGAGUCCUGUAAAGGACCCGGAGAAAUUGUUGCAAGACAUGGACGUAAAUCGUUUGAGAGCUGUAAUAUACAGAGAUGUUGAAGAAACCAAGCAGGCACAGUUUCUGUCCUUAGCUAUAGUUUACUUCAUCUCUGUAUUAAUGGUCUCUAAAUAUCGUGACAUAUUGGAACCACCGAUAUCACAGCGUCCUCCUAGUCCAGUGCAAACAAUACAGACGAAUGGUGGCGGUCUCAGGCCAGGUAGUCCUUCAGAUGGGAAUGGUGGUGGAGGAGGGCGGCCUCUAUUUCCACAGUGGUCUCACCACGUGUAUCCACAGUUCCUCCCGGGAUCUCACCCUAACGCCAAUGCGAAUGCCAAUGCCAAUGCCAACCAUCACAUCAAUCAGCACCAUCACCAGCACCCGCUACCGGCUGCCAGGCACUCUAGUCGCCAGCCCCCCUCCAACUAUUAUCUCCCAAAUCAUCACAACAAUCACUACAAUCAUCACCCGAAUAACCAUAGCUAUCAUCGCCAUCAUCAUUACCACCAUCACAAUAACAACAACCACCAUCAUACGCUUCAAAAGCAUAUCGAUCAGCCCCGAAAUCUCUGUCAUAGAAACUCCGGUGUCGGUUUGCAAGGUAGCGGAGGAGCUAUAAUGAGUCAAUCGGGUUCCCAAGAUGACGGAGAAUACGAGGUCAUCAUCGUCGACGAAAACAAUUCCUCGAUUUUGGCUGACCACGAUGUGACAUCGUCCGGUCCGCCGUCGACCAAGGGAGGUCACAGUGGUGUACCUCGGCCGCGGACUAUUCUUGAGGAUUACACCUUAACAGAACCAACGCUUGGCACUUCUACAAGGUCCGAACCACUGCCACGAAAUCUGCAGAGCAAUGACUCCAGCGAGGAGACUGUACACCGCAGCAAUAUCACCGCGGACCCAAGUCCUUCUGAAGUUACCACCGACAACGAAAAUAAACACAACUCGUCCGAGGAAGCCUGGACCGACGUAAACCUUAACGAGGAUGGCGACACAAUGCCGAUUACGAAUCCGAGGGAGGAUCCACGUAAUAUCCACAAUAUCGCUCACUCGCGUGGCGACAUGCAAGACAGCGAAGGCAAUGUUUUGGAGCAAGAGAUGCUCAGUAAUGCGGAACGCGGAGAGAAACCGUCCGCCGAGAUUUCAGUGGUACGAGUACCUGAUCGGUUGGUGGUGACCGCUGCAUCACCGAGGGCCGACGAAUUACCAAUCAAAGGUCUGGUUGAUCAUUUACCAGUACCGACACCUUCGCGUGAAGCCUCUCUCACACAAAAGCUGGAAAUGGCCUUGGGUUCGGUUUGUCCUCUUCUUCGGGAAAUUAUGGUGGACUUUGCCCCAUUUCUAUCCAAAACACUCGUUGGCUCUCAUGGUCAAGAAUUGUUAAUGGAAGGAAAAGGUACGAGUUGCAAGGGUUUGACAACGUUCAAGAACAGCAAUUCCGUCGUGGAGCUGGUUAUGCUUCUCUGCUCUCAGGAAUGGCAAAACUCUCUGCAGAAGCACGCGGGUCUCGCUUUCAUCGAGCUCAUUAACGAGGGAAGGUUGCUAUCUCACGCGAUGAAGGAUCACAUAGUAAGAGUCGCAAAUGAGGCAGAGUUCAUUUUGAACAGGAUGAGAGCGGAUGACGUGCUGAAGCAUGCUGACUUUGAGUCUCAGUGCGCGCAAACGUUGCUGGAUCGACGGGAAGAGGAGCGCAUGUGCGAUCAUUUGAUCACCGCCGCACGGAGACGCGACAACGUGAUCGCCAGCAGACUGUUGGAGAAAGUCCGGAACAUCUUGUCCAACAAGCACGGCGCCUGGGGAUACAUGGAUCCAAUGGCUGCAAAAUUGGCCGAAUAUUGGAAGCUGGAUGCUUGGGAGGAUGAUGCACGUAGACGCAAGCGUUUCGUGCACAAUCCACUAGGCUCGAGCCACCCCGAGGCUACUCUCAAGGCGGCUCUAGAACACGGUGCACCCGAGGAUGCGAUACUUCAAGCGCGUCAAGAGUUUCACGCGCACCUCGCAGCCUCGCGUGCACACCAACAGCAAUUGCAGUCGACGGAUCUUCUGGAUGACAGCGAAUUGCUGUCGGACGACAGGGACCUCGACAACGACCUGGCAGGUCCGGUGAACAUCAGCACCAAAGGCAAAUUGAUCGCACCUGGUAUCGUGGCACCCGGCAUUAUAUCGGUUACAUCCACGGAGCUGUACUUUGAGGUGGACGAGGACGACCCGGAGUUCAAGAAGAUCGACGAUGAGGUGUUGAAGUACUGCGACCACUUGCACGGAAAAUGGUACUUUUCGGAAGUCCGCGCGAUCUUCUCGCGGCGUUACCUGCUGCAGAAUGUGGCCAUCGAGAUCUUCCUCGCCAGCAGAACUUCGAUCCUGUUCGCAUUCUCGGACCAGGCGACGGUGAAAAAGGUGAUCAAGGCACUACCGCGGGUAGGCGUCGGCAUCAAGUACGGAAUACCCCAGACUAGACGAGCAUCACUGAUGUCCCCACGACAAUUGAUGAGGAGCUCCAAUAUGACUCAAAAAUGGCAACGUCGAGAAAUAUCUAACUUUGAGUACCUAAUGUUUCUGAACACAAUAGCUGGUCGCACAUACAACGACUUAAAUCAGUAUCCGGUGUUUCCUUGGGUUUUAACGAACUACGAAACGAAGGAACUUGAUCUCAGUUUACCGAGCAACUAUCGAGAUUUAUCAAAGCCGAUCGGCGCAUUAAACCCAAACAGAAGAGUUUACUUCGAGGAGCGCUUCCAGAGUUGGGAGCACGACACAAUACCACCUUUCCAUUAUGGCACGCAUUAUUCCACCGCGGCUUUUGUCUUAAACUGGAUGAUACGCGUAGAACCGAUGACGACUAUGUUCUUGGCGUUACAAGGUGGUAAAUUCGACCACCCCAACAGGCUAUUCUCAUCUAUCGCUCUCUCGUGGAAGAACUGCCAACGCGAUACGUCUGACGUCAAGGAACUCAUUCCGGAGUUCUUCUUUCUGCCGGAAAUGCUGGUAAAUAGCAAUCGCUAUCAUCUGGGUAGGCAGGAAGAUGGUAGCGUAGUCGGUGACGUUGAAUUACCACCAUGGGCUUCAUCUCCUGAAGAGUUUAUACGUAUAAAUCGAAUGGCUCUCGAGUCCGAAUUUGUAUCUUGUCAAUUACAUCAAUGGAUCGACCUGAUAUUCGGCUACAAACAAAAGGGCCCGGAAGCCAUACGCGCAACCAACGUUUUUUAUUAUCUGACGUACGAGGGUAGCGUGGAGCUCGAUACGAUCACUGAUCCCAUGAUAAGGGAAGCUGUCGAGAAUCAAAUUAAGAAUUUCGGGCAAACGCCGUCGCAACUCUUGAUGGAACCGCAUCCUCCGAGGAGUUCAGCGAUGCACUUGACACCAAUGAUGUUCUCGAGCAUCCCGGACGACGUGUGCAUGACCAUCAAAUUCCCGUCUAAUUCACCGAUCUGUCAUAUCUCGGCCAACACCUAUCCUCAACUGCCACUGCCAUCGGUUGUGACGGUAACUACUGGGCAGCAGUUUGCUGUUAAUCGAUGGAAUACUAAUUACGCAGCCUCCGUGCAAUCACCAAGUUAUGCGGAUACACCUCAAGCGCAGGCUGCCAAUCAACCAUUGUCCAUGGAUCCCGUUCUCUCUCAAGCAGCAAAUAGCUCGAAUCCGACGUUACGUCGACAUCUGGGGGACAAUUUCAGCCAGAAACUUAAAAUUCGCAGCAACUGCUUCGUCACCACCGUGGAUAGUCGGUUUUUGGUAGCUUGCGGAUUUUGGGACAACAGCUUCCGUGUGUUCUCCACCGAAACAGCAAAAAUUGUCCAGAUUGUCUUCGGUCACUACGGCGUCGUCACUUGCUUAUCGCGUAGCGAGUGCAACAUUACUUCCGACUGCUACAUCGCAUCCGGAAGUGCGGACUGCACUGUCCUUCUGUGGCAUUGGAACGCCAGGACGCAGACAAUCGUCGGUGAGGGUGAAGCUCCGGCACCUCGUGCGACUCUCACUGGUCACGAACAGGCUGUAACAGCUGUCGUCAUAUCCGCCGAGUUGGGUUUGGUUGUCUCGGGAUCGUAUUAUGGUCCAGUACUUGUCCACACCACAUUCGGCGACCUCCUGAGAUCGCUGGAAGCACCAAAUGGAUUUUCGUCACCCGAGAACAUUGCUAUGUCACGCGAAGGUGUUAUUGUGGUAAAUUAUGAACGUGGACAUAUAGCAGCAUUCACCAUCAACGGGAAACGUCUUCGUCACGAGUCUCAUAACGACAACUUACAAUGCCUAUUACUGAGCAGGGAUGGUGAAUAUCUGAUGACAGGAGGUGAUAAGGGCAUCGUAGAAGUUUGGCGAACCUUCAACCUUGCUUUACUCUACGCGUUUCCCGCGUGCGAAAGUAGCGUGCGUUCUCUCGCGCUCGCUCAUGAUCAAAAGUUUCUUCUAGCUGGUCUGGCAAAUGGGUCCAUCGUGAUAUUCCAUAUUGAUUUUAACAGAUGGCAUCACGAAUUCCAGCAGCGUUACUGAAAUUACGAUUUCCUCUUCGCCUAAGAACGCAUGCGUAGCUCUCACGAGAUGCCGAAGAAGACUCGCACUCUUUAAACAGUUACGACAACCUCUGUUACGAACUUACUCGCAUCUCACGGACACAUAGCGCUUCGUUCGAAGGACUCCCAAUUGAUCGUGUGUCAACUCGCGAAUUCGUGGAGUAACUGUGUAUCAUUAAUACGAAGUUUGUACGGGCCAGCUUUUCUUCGUCGGAUUUUCGUUGAAUCCGCCGUAGUUCACGAGAUAUGCGGAGUAUGCUAUAUCAAAUGGAUUCGGGUUAGGUGCAAUGAACGGCGAUGAAAGGAGUGACAUGUAUUCGUCCUAGCAUCGAGAUACCUGCGAAUUUAAGUGUUUAGCAAUAAACUCGCUUUCGUGGCUGCGUGCAGUGCUUCGUGAAGGAGCAAUCGAGCGGAGCGGAGUACAUAAGAAAUAAGAUAUAAUCAGAGCUCCUGGGUGUUUACCUCCGCGUGAUAGCCGCGUGUAAAGACAUCCGGCCAUCGCGAAAGUUCAUAAGGUGUAGACUCUACACGCAUACCGCUCGAAAUGCUAGUCAAUUAAUGAAGAUUCGGAUGUAUCUACCUACGUUUGCGACUAUUUAUAGUUGCUGAUCGCGCGACUUUUCCUCACGCUGCGCGGGAGGAGGAAGCACAUCAUUCGGGAAAAUAGUCGCCAACGCGAAACCGGACAAGGAAUCGCUUCUCCGACAAGAACAUACGUUAUUUUUAUGCCUGUAACUGCACGUGGAUUUGGCCACGCGACAUUUUAGCUGUUAAUGUCCAAUGUGUAAAUACGGAUAUAUUCUUCACAUUAUACAUGCACGCAACACACACACAUACACAACACACACAACAUAUAUGUAACACAUUCACACUUAUGUACAAGCACAUAUACAUACGCACAUGCACAUACACGCGUACCAACAUACUCGCGCUUUAUUCAAUUUAGAGAAAGCGAGGAAGAGAGAGACACGUAUUAUUGUGAGAGGUUUGCAUUGUAUUCUUCGCCGACGUAUUAAUGUCGCUCACGUCGAACUUUUUGGCUAAGCACCUUGUACGUUCAGUUCGAACUACAUGCACGCGAACGCACUGUGUAUCACUGAUGACUGGUCGUGUCCUAACGAAUGUAUCGGUUACCAACAUGUCACCGAUGUUCUCCAGGACCGCCUUCAACAACAGUUCCCUGCUACUACACUUUCUACACCCUGAUGUUCGCGUCCUUCGAAAAGAUCCUAAUUUUUAUCAAAGCCGUCCAGCUUAACUUUUGCGAGGAUAUUUCUUAGUAUUUUCGCACGCGACGUAUAUUAAUCAGCAAAGCAAGUUAUUUAGGCUAAAAUAACAUCCCGAAUUCACCCCUAUAAACAUUCCGCGACUCGUCGAGGAUAGUUUGUGUGUGAGUGCGUCAUCGGCGAUUCUUAGAAUGCACCGAGCGACGAUAGAGUAGAGUAUGUGAGAUGAAAAAACAUGAGAAACGUAAGUAUGCGAACAAGAGAGGGAGAAAGAGAGAGUGAGAGUAUGUAUGUGUGUGUGUGUGUGUGUGUCACAAGGAGCAAUUUACCUUGACAUUCAACAACGAUGGGGAAGAAGAUGCUUGAUCGUGCAUAAGUGAUAGAAUUAAUAGCUUCAUUUUCGUUCGUACGUCAUCGUAGAACGUGUGAUAGCUGUCUUGUAAUAGUACUACUAAGUAUUAAUAUCAUUAUUCUGCACCCUGUUUCGCGAGUGAGACACGAGGUACAUAUAAGUAUUCGAUUGUUUGUACGCAUUCUCGAUAUAGUGUAUCAUCGUCAUCUCGGUUAAUCUUACGUAACGAACGAUUACUUAUCUAGGGAGGUGUUUUGUUGCUUAUUAGUCGUACGAUGAUGACGGACGCGUUCGCGAACUUGUCACGGCAAUAGUAAAAAAUAGUUUGUGAACGAGAAAAUUGUGAAUGGCACAGCAGGAAGGAGAGAGAAUGAAGAUAAGAGAGAGUUUAAGAAAUAAAACAGAGAAUUGUGAGUAAGAGAAAAUGGCAAUGGAAGAGCGUAAAUAUAAUUCAUUGAAAACGGAUGUGUUACGGAUCGCAGUUGAUCGGCGUGAUAAUUUAAAAGUGCAUCUCCGUGAUUUAUUACGCAAUCUUGUAUUCGCGCAGCUCAAUCAUCAUUUACUUCGCAUACGCGGACGAAUGACUCCUAUUCUAGAAGUGCUUGGAUGUAGGUAUGGGGGAAUAGACGAGGAGUAAAGUGCGAAACGAAUAGAUAGGUAGCUUUGAACGCGGCCAAAUUUUCCACUUUGUGAACGCCGUUUCUGACGUUUGAGAAGACAUAUAUCGAAAUCGAUAGCAUCUAAGGCGCCAUAGUGCAAGGGCACAGAUUUUGGUACCUCAGCGCGUGUGUCUAGUCAAAGAUAACUGUCGUUGCAAAUCAUCUGCGAUCCUCAGCAUUUUAGGUAUCAAUAUACUUAAAAAAUACGCCGUACUAUUUACAUGUAGAUGUAUAAAAAAAAAGUGAAUGCAUAGUGCCGUCGUUUUAGCGAUCAAAUCACAUUUCGGGCUUGCGAGAUCGCGGUAGCAUUAUGAUCGACUUUCGCUGUACACCGACGGGUGCAAUGGUUGCGACUUACUCGCGAUCCUGAUCGUCGCCAGUAAUCGUAUAAUCAUUUUUAAGUGCAUAGAAGAAUGUUAUGUAUGCAACGUGUUAAUAACGGUAUCUUACCACUCGUUAUGAGCGUGCUUCUGCAUAAUCGUUCGUAUCUCGUUUCAUUCGUGCAUGAAAGAAUGUGAGCAAGAAUGAAAGAAGACGUCAAAGAAAUGGAAGAGAGCGAGAGAGAGAAUAGAAAAGAAGAGAGUGUGUGUGUGUGUGUGUGUAUGUGUAUAAAGAGAGAGAGAGAGAGAGAGAGAGAGAGAGAGAGAGAGAGAGAAAAGGAGCGAGGAAAUCAAAGAUCGAAAGAGAAUUGUUUGGUUCUUUCAACGAUAUCACUAGCUCCGUUCAUACGUGCGCAUCGAAAUGGACUUUCCGUCGAGCAUACUCGAUGUAUAGCAGCGCAUCUCGGCGUUUUGUUUUCGUCACAAUGAGAGAUACGUGAAACGAAAAGAAGAAAACGGAGAGAAGCACGCGACAUUCCAUCCGCAUUUGCCGCUUUUCACAUUCGAGUUCAAUUGGGCUAAGAUCAGGGAAGAAAAGGGAAAGAGAGAAAAUUGACAAUAUUGUUCGCAAACCGCUAAAAGUAGUCAAAUCGUAGGGUACAGUGAUGGACGGCACAAUGUUCAGGACAUAACGUUCGACGAAUGACACAUGUUCACGGAGUAUGACGUGCUUUCGAUUAGGUGGCACGCAUUUUCGCAUUAUUCAAUCAGCGCAAUGGGUGAGAAUGCAUCAGAUUGAAGAGGACGUGUAAGAAGAAUUUUUAUAUUUGUUUAUAGAUGUGUGAGAAUGUGCUGCACUCUUUGAGCAAGUUGUUAGUGAAUUCCCUCCAUAUUGCUAAUAUACAUAAAGCAAGUUAACUCAAAUCGAUUUCUGUCCGUACUCGAGCAUUCAGUACAUAAAAAGAAAAAAACAAAAAUAUCGCUACUAUUUUACAUAACGCUAAGUACAACGCUACGAGAGUUUGCCUAUAUUAUUAUUACGAUUACGAUUUAUUGUCAUCAUUAUUAAUUAAUAUUCUUAUCAUUGUACUAUUAUGGGGCUACAGUAACGUACUUAAUAUUAACGAAUAUCUAUAUAGGAGCAUAGAUUUGUAUAUUCGUCCGAUAAGGUCCUUAAUGUUGCGUGUUAAGUGAACACUUUUACUUACUCAUAUUACGAUUAUGAGAAUGGCGCGAGGGUAAUAGGUAAUUGUGUAAAGUUUUAUCCGAUUUGUUCACACACGCUGCAAGCUGUCCGUAAGAAAACAAAAAUACAUCUAAAUUAACCGACACGUAAUUUAAUGUCUAUAAGCGUAACCACGAGCGUGAAACGGAAGAAAUGACGCUGCGACUCGCGUGACAUUGAUAACACUCAAGCGCUUUACUUAUUAGACUCGUAUUAUCUACCUAAAUCUGAUUUAAUCUUCUCAAAGGUAUUCAAAAGUGAUGCGGGAGAAUGAACAGUGGUAAUCGUAAGCUGUAGCAAGGGGAAGCUCAAUAGAAUAUCGCAGAUCGAAAUUUCGGUCUCGAUUCUUUCGCGAGACAAUGAAAGAAAGGAAAAUAGAUAGAUAGAGGGGAAGAAAUAGAAAGAAAGAAGAAGCAUAACAAAACCAAAAAGCUUACGUCUCGACGCAUUAAUCGUUUUUUUUACAUCAAAUACAUACACAUUCACACACGAAAGUCAAUAUACACAUAGCCGUAAAGUGGAGCAACCUCGAGCGUGCGGAUCCAACGACGGGCACCUAUCGUUGAACAUCAUUUGCACCAUAUAAUGUUUUAUAAGCACCAACUCGUUUGUAAUUGUGUACCUUAAGCGAUGCGAUCCAACUACGCGCGCGCGUCCCAUCCGCCGCGUCUCAUGGUUGAACUCUCUUCCAAUUUACGGAUCACUAUUACACCGAUAACAUCCCGUCGCGAUCGACCCUCUUACCGAUAUGGUUCGGCGUAUUUUUACGGUGCACAUUUUCAUUAUUUGAAAUUAGAGACACAAACAUGAGAGAGUAAGAGAGAGAAAGUGAGGGAGAGGAAGAGGAAGAAGGGGAGAGAGACUCGGUUGUGUUCAUGAGCGAAUUGUAGUUUAGAGGCCUAAUUGUUUUUCUGGCAAUGUUAUAGUGCACCGUAACGGUUUGAUGCUCGAUCGGCGAAUAAUCGGGAUAGUCGGACACACCGUCGAGAGGAUCUUGACACUUGCCUCGUAUGAUUUUCGAUAAAGCCAAACCGUAAUCACGAUCACCGACGAGUAGCAGUAGCCUUGUCGUUGAUGGGAUACGGUACAGAUUUAUUCCCGCCACUUUUAAGAAGUACUACUUAGGUAGAAGUACUUAAGUCGUUGCUACAUACCAGCAUAAGCUCUAUCGCUUAUUUUAUACUUAGAGGUAUUGUAAUGUUUCGAUUAGAGGUAAUAUAAUGGGAAAGUUGUAUCUUAGUAUAAGGUAGAAUAAUCUGUAAAGAUAAGUAGUCAAAUAAAUGAAAAGUACAUUUGA